AUGCCUAUCCUCCAAGUCACACCAGAGAACAAUCGUCAGCUUCAGAAUAUCGCCAACACACUAGCAGCAGCAAAGAAAGUUGUUGUGUUCACAGGGGCCGGUAUAUCUACAAACUGUGGCAUACCAGACUUCCGCUCAGAAGAAGGACUCUACUCCCUCAUAAAAGCCCAACGCGAUGCUGUUCCCUUAGGCGCAAUCUCUGGUGGUACGAUAAGGAAAUCCUCCAGCCCUCCCUCUCCCUCCACAAAGUCAAAGUCUAUACCUCCCUCGAUUCCCAAGAACGUCAAAGGCAAAGACCUCUUCGACGCCCAGUUAUGGAAGGAUCCCAUCAGCACCUCAGUCUUCUAUACUUUCAUCGCAUCUCUCCGCCAGAAAAUACACGAAGAAGUCAAGAAAGCCACAUCUACUCAUCGCUUCAUAAAGACCCUACGAGACACGCGGAAGUUGGUUAGAUGCUACACGCAGAAUAUCGAUGGGUUGGAGGCAAUGGAAGGAUUGAAUACGGAUAUGACCCAGGGAAAGGGCAGUCGAACGCGGUUCACCAAGAAAUCAAUGGAGGGUCAGAGAUUGCCAUCACGGACGCAGCCGGGGGCUGACCUCGACGGUGGAUGUGAAGUUGUGCAAUUGCACGGGGACUUGAGAGUCUUGAGGUGUACGCUUUGCCAGCAGACAUGCGAAUGGGAAGACCGACAUAGUACGCGGCUGCUUGCUGGAAAGGCUCCAACAUGUCAGCUUUGUGCGGCGGCAAACCAGGAUCGGCAGAAUCGAGGGAAGCGCGGAACAAAGAUUGGGUCCUUGAGGCCGAAUAUUGUGCUCUACGGAGAGGAACAUCCAUCGGCUGAUGCCGUGGGAGACAUUACUGCCUCAGAUCUAAAAAUGAAGCCGGAUGUGUUGUUGAUUUUGGGCACAUCGCUCCAUGUACAUGGGCUUAAGACUAUGGUCAGAGAGUUCGCUAAGGCUGUCCAUGCGAGAGCUGGAGGGAAGGGGAUGGUGAUAUUUAUUAAUCUGACAAAGCCCUCGGCAAGUGUAUGGAAGGAUGUACUGGACUAUUGGGUGUCCAUGGACUGCGACGCCUGGGUUCACUCCAUGAGGAGGCAUCGACCGGAUAUAUUUCAGACACAACCAAGGCUGAGUAUGCAGGUAAUGAAGGCAAAUGACAAGCAGAUACCGAAGGCCGUCGCACAUGGGAUCGUGGCAGCCAAGCCGUCGAAUGACAAAGAGAAUUGGAUGACUGGUUCCGUUUCCAGUCUACAGAAAUCUACACAACCCCGAGUCCUCCUUACACCGAAGAAGAAAAAGCCUUUGGAGAACAGAAGUGCCCCAGCUGGGAAAGGUUCCCGAUUCGGGUUACCCUCAUCGCCACAGAAGGACAGACAGAUUCCAGACCACAGCUCCCAGCUCCUGGACCAGCUGGAAGAAGUUGCCUGCACUAAAAGUCUGGCCAAGCAGGAAGGCAGAACGGACGAAACCUCGCAGCUGCCGACUCCUCCGUCAACAGGUCACAGAGGAUACAAGAGAUCCCUAGCUCAAAACUACCAAGACAUCUGUGAAACGCCGUCGAAGAAGAGGAGGAAGGAGAGCGUGGAUGUGUGGCAGGAUUAG